GCCCGAGGGGCGGGGCCGCCCGCGUGCAGCCCGGCGGCGGCCAUGGCCUCGGUGGUGGAGUACAAGGGCCUGCGCGCCGGCUACCACUGCGGCUACUGCGACGCGGCGGCGGGCAAGGCGGCCUGCGGGAUGUGGGCACAUUCCCUGACCGUUGAGGAUUAUCAGGAUCUGAUCGACCGAGGAUGGAGAAGAAGCGGGAAGUACGUGUACAAGCCUGUUAUGAAUCUAACCUGUUGCCCCCAGUACACAAUAAGGUGCCGACCUUUACAGUUUCACCCGUCAAAAUCCCACAAGAAGGUUUUGAAAAAAAUGUUAAGAUUUCUGACUAAGGGGGACAUUUGCAAAGGAGGUUGUGAGGAUGAGCCCAUGGAGCCCGCGGGGGAAGAUGCCGUGGCCGGGGAUUUUGCCUUAAUAAACAAACUGGACAUCCAGUGUGACCUGAAGACCCUCGGGGAUGACGUCAAGAAAAGUGUGGAGAGCGAAGCGAAGCGGAAGGGGAAGAGCACCAAGCGAGAGGAAGCUCGGGAGCUGCUUCCGCCGGGAGAGAUCGAAGAGAAGCUGGCCUCCGGCGAACCCUCGCACCUGGUCAAGGUGCCCGCCGCCCCCAAGCCAGGCAAAGGGGCAGAUUUGAGUAAGCCCCCGUGUCGGAAAGCAAAGGAAAUCCGGAAGGAAAGGAAAAGGUUAAAACUCAUGCAGCAGAACCCGGCCGGAGGACCCGAACCGCCGGCUCCAAAGUUUCCGCCAAAGACUAAAUCCAACCAGCCCAAAUCGCUGGAAGAUUUUAUUUUCGAACCUUUACCUGCAGACGCAUCACACAAACUAGAGGUGAGGUUAGUGCCCGUCUCCUUUGAGGACCCAGAGUUCAAGUCGUCCUUCAGCCAGUCCUUUUCUUUGUAUGUCAAGUAUCAGAUGGCCGUCCACCAGGACCCGCCUGAUGAAUGCGGGAAGACCGAGUUCACCAGGUUUCUCUGCAGUUCACCGUUGGAGGCUGAGAAGCCCCCAUUCGGGCCCGAGUGCGGCUUCGGCUCCUUCCACCAGCAGUACUGGCUGGACGGCAAGAUCAUCGCGGUGGGCGUCGUGGACAUCCUGCCCCGCUGCGUCUCCUCCGUGUACCUGUACUACGACCCCGACUACUCCUUCCUGUCCCUGGGCAUCUACUCUGCGCUACGAGAAAUUGCUUUUACUAGGCGACUUCACGAGACGAGUUCGUGUCAGCUCAACUAUUAUUAUAUGGGUUUCUACAUUCAUUCAUGUCCCAAGAUGAGAUACAAGAGCCAGUACAGACCUUCGGAUCUGCUGUGUCCUGAGACCUACGUCUGGGUCCCCAUUGAGCAGUGCCUCCCAUCGCUCGACAAGUCCAAGUACUGUCGCUUCAACCAGGACCCGGCCGCAGUGGACGAGGACCGCAGCCAGGAGCCCGAGCGGCUGCAGGUGUUCCACAGGAAGGCCAUCCUGCCGUACGGCGAGUACCGGGCGCAGCAGCCGCAGGCGGCCGACGAGGAGGCGGCCGUGCUGCAGUACGCGGAGCUGGUGGGGCAGAAGUGCUCGGAGCGGAUGCUGCUCUUCCGGAACUGACCCUGCGCCUGGGGGUGCCCCCCCCACCUUUCUCCCGGCCCCCCCACCGCUCGGAGCUCUCGCACCCGCCGGACCCAGCCCGACCCAGCCUCACCCCAGGCCUCCCCACAUCCCGGACGUUGGUUCUCCCAGCAAGAGACGGGAAACGUCUCUCUGUGACUCCGACUCGCGUCGAGGGUAACAUCCGCAGGCGACUCUCGGGGACUCAAGUGACGGUCGUGCUUCGGCGUUCCGGUAGAGAAAUUAAAACAGGCUGUUUCCCUAAGUGCAGCCGAGGACGUCGGUUUAUGCUUUCAGAAGAGAAGGGCCCUCGGGUAUACGGGGAUGGAGGGGGAGGGUGGGCGUCUGGCCUCGCCUCGCAGGCGCCGUCCCUGCGAAACGGCCCACUCACGUGGACCCACGGGAGUUCCCAGUCCCCGGAACUCAGGACCCUCAUCUUUGGUGGUUGAGUAAGAAAUCGCGGCCGCCUUUUAGAAGCUGCGCUGCUCACCGCACUCGGCCCUCCCGGUGACGCCUCGGGUCCAGGGCAGGGGGAACCACCGUCCUCGCCCUUCAGUUUGGAGUUGGAGGAGGCCGGACUCCUGGUUGCGGUGGAGGCUGGAGCCUCUUCCCCCUCCCCCCCCAGCGCCCCCUCUCCCUCCCUCCAGCCCUCCUGCCUCCCCGCUUUCCUCUCCUCUGUCCCUCCCCGUCCUCUCUGCUCUCCAUCUUUUCCCCUUUCCUCUCCGUUGCCCGCUGGACCCUCGCCACCUCUGCCACGGCGAUGGGCGCCUCACAGGCGGGAGGGCCAGGGGCCUGGCACGUGUGGGAAACACUCAGGGCUGCGUUUCCUAUCCACCCCUCCCCUUUCCUCCUCCCACCCCCCCCCCCCCCCGUUU